ACGGUUAAUUAUAAUUAUUUGCGGUUUCAUAUGCAAAUCCGUUUGUGCAGUUCCGAAAAUCAAUUCAAAAUUAAAUCUAAACACACGCAAAUCUAAAAUCCUGUAACAUCCUGAACUGCGACGAGCAAUUCGGACAUUUACCAUUACGCUUACGCGGCUCUCGCGUUCUCUGUGUGUGUGUGUAUAUUCUCGUGUAUCUCGUGUUAGUGUGUGCGUGUUAUGACAGAGAGUUGACAAUAGGCAAAUAGGCAAAUCAUAUGCCGCCCACGUAAUGUGUGACGAAAUUUAAAUUCGCCAUCUAUGCAAAUACAAUUGCACAAAUCGUCUAUGUAUGUGUAUGUAUAGAGUGUGUGUAUACGGGUUUAAGUGCUAGUGAGAUAUUCAUGUGGAUUACCAUAAACAUAAACAAAGGAUUAGAAAGAAACAACAGCAGCAGCAGCAAUAGAAGACGAGCAAGAAAGACCACAGAAACAUUUCUGGGAUUACAGCAGCCGCAAAAGAGCAGAAGUUGAAAAAGAAAACUAAGAAGAAGAAGAAGAAGAAGAACAGAGGAGUUUGUUAAAAAAUACUGGUAUCUGUACAUUGGAGUUUGAAUUCGACACAGAGGGUCGUACACAUCCGAUAGACAGACUCCAGAAGCAGCUGUGUGCCUGUGUCUGUGUGUGUGACAAGCGCAACUAAUGAGCAAAGAAGAGCACAACAACAACAACAGGCAGAGCAACAAAUCGGAAACAGGAAGCAGCAGCAACAUCAGCAGCAACAGCAACAGCAACGACGACGAACGAAAGUAAAACUGCUUGGCCAUUAUUAUCAUUACUAAAUAAUCGUAACUGUGAUAGUACCAAAGAAAAGCAGCAGCAGUAAUCAGCAAAAGAUAUAGAUACGUUUACAGACACAGAGUUGCUGCCGUGCGUAAUUGCGUUUCAGUGAUUUUCAAACUAAUAAAUGUCGUACGCGCAAUUGCCGGCAACAACAGCAGCAACAAGAGCAACAUCUAUUUGUUAAAGCCAAGCAGCCAACAAAACAUCGCACAAAAUGGCGCACAAAAUGAGGCAGACAGCAGCAACAACAAGAGCAACAGCAACAGCAACAUCAACACACACGAGAGCAACACAGAGCUGCAGAAGAGCAACACGAGUCGGCACGCAUUCAAGUUCAAGGCGGUCAUCGUUAAUCACAUGUUUUAUAUCCUGCCACACGUUUAGCUCCACGUUAGCGUUGUUGUUGUUGCUUGUGCUGCUUGCUACGGCACAAGCAGCCAGCAAGCUGACCAGUCGCAACAGCAGCAGCAGCGGCAACAGCAGCAAUAACAACACAACAGCAGCCGCACAACAAGCGACGCCCGUUUGGGAUCAUGCCAUCGAUUUGAAUGAGGAUUUUCGCAUACUAUGGCAAAUCAUUAAUCAGGAUAUAACAUUUGAAAUACAAGCACGUACAUUAGGUUAUGUCGGCUUCGGAUUCUCACCCGACGGUAAUCUCGCUGGCGCGGAUAUGGCCAUCGGUUGGGUGGACAAGGGUCAAACGUAUUUUCAGGAUCGACACGUCACACGCAAUGGCGACACUGAGCCCGUUGUGGAUCCCUCGCAGGAUUACAUGCUGAUGCUUGGCUAUGAGAAUGCCACGCACACCGUCCUACGAUUCCGUCGAAAGUUGGACACAUGCGAUGCCAGCCAUGACAUCGCCAUAACGAACGACACGAUGCGCUUGCUGUACAUGUAUCACGCACAGGAUCCGCCUCACGGCUCGGUGCGUCCCGGCACGUUGCCCGAUCCGGAACGGGCCUUUCGUCCAUAUCGACCCAUGGUCCUGAUGCAGCGUGCCCAGCUGCAGUUGCCAACGCCGCAUGAUGAGCGCGUCCGUGUGCUGGAGCUGCGCAAUGAGGAUGUCGAGUUGCCCGGCGGCGAUACGCCGCUUUUUUGGUGCAAAAUGUUCAAACUGGAGGAUAUCAAUCGCAAGCACCAUCUCAUUCGGUACGAGCCGAUUUAUGAUUCAUCGUCCAGUGUACACUACUUGCAGCAUAUUACGCUCCACGAGUGCCAGGGCUCCUCGGAGCUGGAGGAGAUGGCACGCGAACAGGGCAGACAGUGUAUGGGAGCCCGUUCCAUACCCCUGGCAUGCAAUGCCAUUGUUGCCUCCUGGUCGCGGGGCAGCGAGGGCUUUACGUAUCCCCAUGAAGCGGGCUACCCGAUUGAGUCGCGACAGGCCAAAUAUUAUUUAAUGGAGACCCAUUAUAACAAUUUGAAGCCGGACUUUGCCCAAUUGCAUGCCAGACAAAUGGCGGAUAAUUCUGGUUUGAAAAUCUACUUUACGCACGUGCUGCGACCAAAUGACGCUGGCAUAUUGUCAAUCGGCAUGGAUCCCAACUGGCGCCACAUUAUACCGCCGGGACAGAAACGCGUGAUAUCCGAGGGCCAAUGCAUUGAGGAUUGCACCGGCUAUGCCUUCCCCGCACAGGGCAUCAACAUUUUUGCGGUCAUGAUGCGCACACAUCAAAUCGGCAAGGAGGUUAAACUGCGUCAGAUACGACAAACCGAGGAGCUUCCGCCAAUUGCACACGACAGCAAUAUAGAUGUGGCCUAUCAGGACUUUCGACGUUUGCCACAGUCGGUGCAUUCCAUGCCCGGCGAUAGACUCAUCGCCGAAUGCAUUUAUGACAGUUCGUCACGAAAGGCAAUUACGCUGGGUGGCCUCACAAUGAAGGAAGAAAGCUGCACCGUGCUGACACUUUACUAUCCACGCCAAAAGAAACUGACAACGUGUCACUCACUACCCAGCCUGCCCACAGUGUUGCAUUCUCUUGGUAUCGAACAACUUGCAACCGACUCAAAUCCCGUGCUGAUUUCAUCACCGCCCGAAUUGGCUGGCAUGACUCUGGAGGCACGUCUGAUAUCCUACGAUUGGGAAAAUCAAUUUGGCGAAUUUCAAGAGGCCACACGCAAAGGCAGCUUUAAGCCCAUCUGCUGGGGAGCCAAGAAUCAUGCGGUGCCGCGCUCCGAGUUUCUCGAAGGCUACAGCAUAAAUGUAACCAAAACGUAUAAGAAACACAAACGCUGCAAGCCCAAACGUCUCUAUGCGCCCAUCACGGAGCGCACCUCGCCGUCGGCGGAUCUCAGCGAGUUGCCGGUGCUGCAUGAGCUGGACAACAACAACAUUAUCGAGGGCGCGGCACGGAGUAGUCGCAGCUCGGCGACAGAUGGCCAUGGUGGACUGAGUGGUGCCACCAAGAAUAAUUGUGGACAGCUCUCCAGCUGUCUGCUAUGGCUGGGCGCCUCAUCCUGGUGGCUGCUCCUAAUGCUAAGGACGUGAGGAGCAGGUCCAUGCACAGGCAGAGCAGAGAAAAGCAGCAGCAGCAGCAGCACAGGCACCACCGUCUAACUACACUAUAUACAUAAAUAUAUAAAUCUAAACAAAACAGUAAAAAGGCAACUACAACUCUAUAACUAUAAAUGACAGCUCUUAAUCCUACUACAAAACAAAAUAGACAGACAACAACAAAAAAUGCAACAAAAAGCAGAACAAAA